UCGUAGCCCAGAAAUCAACGACAAUAUACUACAAGUGUGUUGGGGGGGGGAGGCACCAGACAUGAUCCAGGACCGUCACGUCAUCGGAGCUUUUAAAUCCGGGGUUUGGCGCUCCGACGGCCGGGGAAGAGAGACGCCGACUCGCGGGGCGGGUGUCAGUUUGUUGUAGAAGAAGAAGACACGGAGAGGGAGUCACGAGGAAAGAUGGAGACCCAAGCAGCGUGAACCAAGUUCAACAAAGCUCGACUUUGAGUCGGACGCCAUGACGCUGCUUAAUCUAUCGGCCAACCGGCGCAUCGCCGCCGGCCUGCUGGUCAACCUGCUGUCCUCCAUCUGCAUCGUCUUCAUCAACAAGUGGAUCUACGUCCACUACGGCUUCCCCAACAUGACGCUGACCCUCGUUCACUUCGGGGUCACCUACCUGGGACUCUACAUCUGUCAGAAAAUGGACAUUUUCGCCCCGAAAAGCCUCCCGGUGCGCCGGGUCGUGUGGCUGGCGCUGAGCUUCUGUGGGUUCGUGGCCUUCACCAACCUCUCCCUGCAGAACAACUCGAUAGGGACGUACCAGCUGGCCAAAGCCAUGACGACGCCCGUCAUCAUCCUCAUCCAGACCACCUACUACAAGAAGACCUUCUCCACCAAGAUUAAGCUCACACUGGUGCCCAUCACAUUGGGGGUGUUGUUGAACUCGUACUUCGACGUGAGGUUCAACCUGCUGGGGACGGUGUUCGCGUCGCUGGGAGUGCUGGUGACGUCGCUUUACCAAGUGUGGGUGGGGGCUAAACAACACGAGCUGCAGGUGAACUCUAUGCAGCUUCUGUACUAUCAGGCUCCUCUGUCGUCGGGCUUCCUGCUCUGCGUUGUUCCUCUGUUUGAGCCGCUGACUGGAGACCACGGCAUCUUUGGACCCUGGUCUCUUCCUGCUCUGAUGACGGUGCUGUUCUCGGGCGUGGUGGCGUUCCUGGUCAACCUGUCCAUCUACUGGAUCAUUGGAAACACCUCGGCCGUCACCUACAACAUGUUCGGGCAUUUCAAGUUCUGCAUCACUCUGGUCGGAGGGUACCUGCUCUUCCAUGACCCGCUGUCCCUCAACCAGGCUCUGGGGAUCCUCUGCACUCUGGCCGGUAUCCUGUCUUACACUCACUUCAAGCUGGCCGAGCAGGAGGAGGGGAAGAGCCGCCUUGCUCAAAGGCCAUAGGCCGACUCGCCUGUUAAUCAAAUGCUCAGACUCCGGCAAUUGGCCGACGACUGCAGAGACUUCUUUAUAUGUAUUUUUUUAUCUUAUUAUGAGUAUAUUUUUUAGGAGAGUACAUUUUUUUCAUCGCAUUCUCCGGACAUUUUAACAUUUCAUCUCAUCAACACUGAUGUUUAUGUCUUUUGAGGUCAGCUGACAACUCCAUCUUUGUUUUUAUCUUAAUAUUUAUACCGUUUUUUUAUUCCCACAAAAACUCCUUUUAAUGAUCCUCUACAGUCCAAAUAUUUUCAAGAUGUCCCUAAAAAAAUGAUUUUUCAAAGACACCUGAAAACCAAUCGAGCAGUAUUUACCACAAAUGUUUCAUAAUUUCUUUUGAGCCAAAGUACAAAAUCACAUUUUCAAUCAAAAGCUAACGACUUAAAGGCGACGUAACGAUGUUUUUGUUUCUGCUGUAUUGUUGUUGUUGUUUACUUCCCCCAGACCGUUUCUUUUUUAGGACUUUUCAUCAUUUAUUUUAAUAAAGAUUUAUAAAAGAUAGGAAAAAAAAGUCCCUUCACAAUGUUUCAUGAACAAAUUAAAAUGUUCUUAAUUCUCUUCUAAGUGUCAGAAAAUAAAUUCGAUCAACAUUGGAAUUUAUUUUGGUGCUUUUAAUGUAAAUAAAGUGUCAGGAUGCAUUUUUAAAAGCAUGCAAAUAGACUUGUAUUAAAGGUCAAAAAGAGAUGAUUUAUGGGCCUUUUGAUGUUUUUUCGUUAAUGGCACAAAUUGUCUCGUCAUAGUUCACCAAAGAAAAAUGUUUGCAUGCAUUUUUUUCUUUCAACUGGAACUGAACUUCAUCCUGAUGAAGCACGGGAACCAGGAACUUUGGUUCACGACCAUUUCAGUGAUUAAUUGUGUGUUUUUUCUUAGAUUUAAACUUGUUUAAGUUCGACAGUAUUUCACUUUUUAUCGUUUGGUUUCAUUCAGUGUUCCUUUUAAUUUAUGCUUCUUUUUUUAUUUGUAGCCGUUUUUUUAAUCAAAAAGUACCAUUUUGAUGAAUGUCGCUGGGAGCGAAGCUUUGGACACUUUCUCCUCACUGCAGAAUAAAAACUGAUUUAAUGACUUUA